AUGAUAAUGUCUUCUUUAGAGACAAGUGCACAGAAUAAUACUAGUGGAACAGGUUCUACAACCCAGACCAUCCAGACCUCUCCACCUCCUCCAGAUUCGUCAAAUAGUACAACGACAGGGUCGAGUACUGCAUCUCCUGAGACUUCACUGCAUGAUAGGAAAUGUGGUAAUGCCGGAGACACGGAAUAUUGUUACUAUGAGAAUACUACAGAGAUUUGUGAUAUCUGUAAAGGUGUGAUUUGUCCUAAUGGAAAAAAGUGUGUGAAGCAGGAUAGGGUAUGCGCUACCAACUGUGUCUGCCGUAAUGACAUCGAUGUUGAGGAUGAAAACGGAAUUUGUCGAACACCGCGCCAAACCAGGCUCCCUUACGCUCCCAGCGUAAGCAAAGAACAAUGUAGCGACACACUUGACCAUGUUCCGAACAAGAGCUGGAAAAAGCGAUUCCUUCCAGAUCCAUGUGAGUUGCACCCAUGCAUGCACGGUGGCGUCUGUACCGCUGACAUCGCCAUGGCGUCCAGAUUCCGAUGCACCUGUGGUCAUGAGUAUGAAGGAGAACGAUGCGAAAAGUACCACAAUUUCUGCCUCGAUCCAAAGCCGUCCUUCUGUCCAGCUGGCGAAUACGACUGUGAAAUGCAUGGCUUCAGGAACUAUAGCUGUAAUUGUGCCGAAGGGUUCUACUAUAAUGUUACGGGCAAGCAGUGUGUUAAAGUUGGCGAACAAGUCACCAUCACACUCAUCUUCAAACAAACGCCAUACUCUGAGAUCUUCAACAACCUUACCCAUCCUGAAGCGAUCUCGGCUAGACGGGUGAUUCAGGCGGCAUUCGACCAAGUCUACGGUGUCAACUUGAUCAAGCUCGUUUUCAACAACUUCACUCAAGGAUCUUUAGUCGCACAUCUGCAGCUGAUGCUGAAACUGCAUGACUCAGGCACUUUUCGUAACAACGAAAAGAUUUUCAAGGUAAAAAAUAAUCUUAAACUAGAUUGA